AACAUUGAGUGUUUAUUAAUGAGAAAAAAGAGAUUUUUUAAGACCAAAUUUGUAAAAAUAGUAUCACUUAAAGAGUUUGAAGAAUUACAAUCAACAUACUUUGUAGAGACUAUAGAUUGGCUUAAAGAUGUCUGGAUUGAAGGAGUUGUGAGUAAGUGUUAUUUUGCUUUGAGUGACGUUAAUCGUGGAUGGUUCGAUAUUUAUCAAACUAACUAUAAUGUUUAUAAAGUAUCAAAACUUCGAAAAUUAAUGAAGCUCCUUCAAUUUAUAAUGCAAAGUUAUUUGAGAGACAUUGUACUCAAAUCAGCAAGAAGUUAUGCUCGUUUAAUUGAAAGACCAUGUAAGAAAAUAAAAGGAAUUAAUGAAAAUUUUGUUUGGGGAAAUGAAUUUUUAAAAUCGCCUUUUGAAUGGAAUGAAGAACCGAUAUUUUAUCUUGUACUAAGUAUGAACGAAUCUGAGUCAUUUUAUUCUACUGAUCCUGAUAAAUUUGAGUCAGUUGUGGUGAAUAUGUUCAGAAAUGGAAUAAUACAAAGCCACAAUGUACCAAUAUUUUAUAGAAGUUUACUAACUAACAUGAAAUUUUUCGAUAAAAUGAAUUUAACUUCAAUUGGUGUACUUGAAAAAGAAAUCGUAGAACAAGAAAUAAUUGUUCAAAAUUGUAUUCGGUUGGCUAUAAUACCAUUAAAAGCGUAUUGUAAGGAAUAUUUAGUUUAUUUACCAUUAUUCAACACCAACGUUCAGUUGUAUACCCAGACAUUUUUUGAAGGCAAUCCUUAUCCUAGUCAAGUUAAAGAAGAAAUAUCAAUGCAUUUAAGAAUGAAAGCUAAUUUAAAAAAAACGCUUCCUUCAAAUAUAACAAUUGGUCUGUUUUUUAUUAAUGUUGAAACAUUAAAACAAUCAUUAAUUGAUAAAUGUCGACAAUUGGCCCAUUUGAUUAUGAAAACAUUCGCAAAUCUCACAACAGAAAAACUAGAAAUUUCUUGUGAAGAGUAUAGAGGUAUUAAUUUAAAAUUAGGAGAAAAUCCAGUAUCAAUUGAACAGGUAUUUGAAAUAAAAGAAUGGAUUGAAACUAUACCUUUUUUAUUGAAAAACCAAUCAGAUAUUGUACAACGUUAUGUUUUGGAAAUAGAAAUGUUAGAUAUAUUUUGGUGGGUGAUUGAUAAAGAGCAGUCUGACAUUAAAUGGGAAGCAAUAAUAUGGCCCUAUAAAUUAGAAUUAAAAAUUAAAGAAACCUUACAAAAAUUAAUUAUAGAUACAGAAAAAUUUGAAAAAAUUCAAUUUGAAGACGAAUUAAAUUUACAAAAUAAAGUGGAAUUCAUUACCAGCAAUAUUUUAAAGCUUACACUAGAGGAUAGUUUGGUCAAAGUUUUUGAAAUUGCAGUAGACGUUAACAAAAACUGGAAUAUGAUAAAAGAACUUCAAAAAUUUGGUCAAACCUUAAAUCAACGACAAAGACUUUUUGGACAUCAAAUUACUCCAUUUGAUAAUGUUAAAAAAUUGGUAAAAGAAUUUGAGCCAUAUAAAGAUUUAUGGGUAAAUGCUGCCGACUUUCUUAGAAUGCAAACCGCUUGGCUACAAAAUCCUUUAUCGAAUAUUGUUGGAGAUUCUGUAGAACCUAUGUGGAAUGAUUUUUAUAAAGUUAUAACCAAGUGCCACAAGCAAUUUUCUGAGAUUCCAGGAGCUUUAAAUGUUGCAAAUGAAAUUAAAGGAAAAAUAGAAGAUUUUAAGCCAAAAAUCCAAUUAUUAAAAGAUUUAUUAUCUCCAGGAUUGAGACAAAGACAUUGGGAAUUAUUAACUAAAAAAACUGGUGUUGAAAUUGUUAUGUCACCAAUAUUAAAUUUUGAAAAAUGUUUGGCUUUGGGCAUCGGAAAAUAUGCUGAUGAACUAAAAGAAAUUUCCGAUAAUGCUUCUAAAGAAUUUUCUAUAGAAAAAGCUUUAGAGAAAAUGAAAAAAGAAUGGGAAAACGUUAAAUUAAAAUUGCAACAACAUAAAGAUACAGGAACUUACAUAAUUAAAAUACCGGAUGAUGAGCUUCAAAUGCUUGAUGAUCAUAUACUUCUGACACAACAGUUAUCGUUUAGCCCUUUUAAAGGAGUUUUCGAAGAAGAAUUAACUAAUUGGGAAUUUGAUUUAAGACUAUCAAGAGAUGUUAUUGAAGCCUGGAGUGAAUGUCAAAAACAAUGGAUAUAUUUACAGCCAAUAUUUGCUAGUCCAGAUAUUAAAGAACAAUUGCCAAUUGAAGAAAAAAAAUUCAGUCGAUUUGAACGAAUUUGGAAAAGAAUAAUGAAAUCAGCUUUAGAAAAGAUCUAUUUAAUGUAUACAUGUCCUGAUAAACGGUUGUUAAAUACUCUGAUUGAUGGCAAUGUUCAACUAACUACAGUCCAAAAAGGCCUCUCUGAUUAUUUAGAGAUAAAAAGAUCGGUGUUUCCAAGAUUUUACUUUCUUAGUGAUGAUGAACUACUAGAAAUAUUGGCACACGCAAAAAAUCCUUUAGCAGUACAACCAUUUUUAAAAAAAUGUUUUGAAAAUAUUUUCAAGCUUGAUUUUGAACAUGAUUUAAAAAUCACUGCUAUGUACUCUGGAGAUGGUGAAAGUGUUAAACUAAAUCCAUCAAUAUACCCCAAAGGUACUGUAGAGUAUUGGUUACUAGAAGUUGAAAAGACCAUGAGAAAUACUAUAAAAGACGCAUUCAAGGCCUCUUUGUCAAAAGUUGAAAUUACACCUAGAAAUAAAUGGGUAUUUCAAUGGCCAGGUCAAGUCGUGAUUGGGGUUUCUCAAACUUCUUGGACAGCCCAUGUUGAAAAUAGUAUUAAAACCAACAAAUUGAAAAAAUAUUACGAAACCGUGUUAUCACAAUUAACAGGAUUAAGAACGUUAGUAAUUGGUUCUUUGACUAGUUUAGAACGUCAAAUUUUAUCUGCUCUUAUAGUGAUUGAUGUGCAUGCAAGAGACGUAUUGUCAAAUUUAAUAACGCUGAACAUAAAAAAUAUUAAUGAUUUUAAUUGGAUUAAACAAUUAAGAUAUUAUUGGUUAGAUGAUAUCGGAGAAGUUGUUAAGGCGGUUAAUGCUCAAUUUCCCUAUGAGUAUGAAUAUUUAGGAAACUCUGAUCGUUUGGUCAUUACACCACUUACAGAUCGCUGUUAUCUAACGCUAACUGGCGCUUUACAUUUAAAAUUUGGAGGUGCACCUGCUGGACCAGCUGGUACAGGCAAAACAGAAACAACUAAAGAUUUGGCCAAAGCUUUAGCUAUACAAUGUGUUGUAUUCAACUGUUCAGAUCAGUUAGAUUUUAAAGCUAUGGGUAAAUUUUUUAAGGGAUUAGCAAGCUCAGGGGCUUGGGCAUGCUUUGAUGAAUUUAACAGAAUAGAUAUUGAAGUACUCUCUGUUAUCGCACAACAACUUACCACGAUACAAAAAGCUUUGAUGGCUCGACAAGAUAGAUUUAUGUUUGAAUUAUCAGAAAUCACGCUAAAAGAAUCAUGCGCUGUUUUUAUUACAAUGAACCCUGGUUAUGCAGGUAGAACUGAAUUACCCGAUAAUUUAAAAGCACUAUUUCGUCCAGUUGCUAUGAUGGUUCCUGAUUACACAUUAAUUGCUGAAAUUUAUUUAUUUUCCUAUGGUUUCAAUGAUGCAAAACAAUUAGGUGGCAAAAUUACAACUACGUUUAAGCUUAGUUCUGAGCAACUUAGUAGUCAAGAUCACUACGACUUUGGAAUGCGUGCUGUAAAAACUGUAAUAAUUGUAGCUGGAAAUUUAAGAAGGGAAAAUCCAGAAAUGAAUGAACAGCAAAUUGUUUUACGGGCAUUAAGAGAUGUCAAUGUUCCAAAAUUCUUAAAAGAUGACUUAAAAUUAUUUAACGGUAUAACUUCUGAUCUAUUUCCACAAAUGACGCAACAAGAAAUUGAUUAUGGGUUAUUGGAAAAAUCAAUCAGAUAUGUUAUUUUAAAUCUGGAUCUAGAGGAUGUUGAUGAUUACAUAAAAAAAGUUAUUCAGCUUUAUGAAACUACAGUAGUAAGACAUGGUUUAAUGUUAAUUGGACCAACUGGUUCAGGAAAAACAAAGUGCUAUGAAAUACUGAAAGAUGCAAUCACAAGAUUAAAAGGAAUUUUAACGCCUAGUGGAGUUUUAUACAAUACUGUUCACUUGUUUGUUCUUAACCCAAAAUCAAUUACGAUGGGUCAGCUUUAUGGCGAAUUUGAUAUUUUGACCCAUGAGUGGACUGAUGGUAUUUUAUCAUAUUUGGUUCGCCAAGGUAUCUCAGCAAAAGACAAAGAUAAUCGUUGGUAUAUAUUUGAUGGACCUGUAGAUGCAAUUUGGAUUGAAAAUAUGAAUUCAGUUUUGGAUGAUAAUAAAAAACUGUGUUUAAGUAGCGGAGAAAUUAUGAAAGUAACUGAUAAUCAAACGAUGAUAUUUGAAGUUGAAGACCUCGCAGUUGCAAGUCCAGCAACAGUUUCACGAUGUGGAAUGGUUUAUUUAGAACCAGCUGUUUUGGGCUUAAACCCGUUUAUUAACUGUUGGAUUAAGAAGUUACCAAAAGCUGCUCUUCCAUUAAAAGACAAUAUUUUGAAUCUUAUCGAAAUUUAUGUUAUACCUGCAUUAGAUGUAGUUCGUAAAAAUCUUAGAGAAAUAAUUCCAUCAAUUCAAUCAUCACUUCUUACUUCAUGUUUGAAUAUGAUUUCAAUCAUGCUUAGACCAAUAGUUAAUUUCGAAGGCAAACCUUUACCGACGACACCAUUUUUAGCACUUAUGCCAAAUUUGUUACCAUGUUGGAUAGUUUUUUCAGUUAUUUGGAGUAUUGGAGUAACAUGUGAUCAAAAUUCUCGAGCGAUUUUUUCAAAUUGGUUAAGAAAACGAAUGAUCAAUAAUGAUCAUCCAUUUAAAUUCCCGAUCGAAGGCCUUGUAUAUGAUUACAAGCUACACGAUGGUGGAUUUUCUAUACCAACUGACGAUGGAGAACCCGCACCACCAAAAUGGGUUAAUUGGAUGACCAAUAUUGAAAAUUUUGAAAUUACCGAAGAAACUACUUAUUCAGAAAUUGAAAUACCUACUAUUGAUAAUGUACGAUCAUCAAGUAUAAUAGAAAUGCUUUUAACGAGUGGACAUAAUGUUUUAAAUAUUGGUCCAACUGGCACAGGAAAAACUCUCACUAUCAUGUCUAAACUUUCUACUAGUAUGCCAAAAAAAUAUCUAUCAGAUUUUAUAAAUUUUUCUGCUCGAACUUCAGCUAAUCAAACUCAAGAUAUAAUUGAUUCGAAGCUUGAUAGACGACGUAAAGGAGUUUUUGGCCCUCCGAUUUUAAAGAAAUUAAUCCUAUUUAUAGAUGAUUUUAACAUGCCAGCUCUUGAAGCAUAUGGGGCUCAACCUCCUAUUGAACUCAUUAGGCAAUGGAUGGACUUCGGUGGAUGGUACGACCGAAAAAAUAUUGGUGAAUGGAAGCAAAUAAUAGACGUUAAUUUUAUUGCAGCAAUGGGACCACCUGGCGGUGGUCGUAAUAAUAUAACACCAAGACUAUUAAGACAUUUUCAUUAUUUAUCUUUUACUGAAAUGGAAGAGAGCAGUCAAUGGAAUAUUUUUGGCCAAAUUCUUCAAUCAUGGACUAAAAGAAAUGAUAAUUUCAAUACUUUGUGGAAGCCUAUUCUUCAAAUGUCUCUUGAUGUUUAUAAAACAAUUUUAUCGGAUUUAUUACCUACACCUGCAAAAACUCAUUACACAUUUAAUUUACGUGAUUUGAGCAAAGUUUUUCAAGGAAUUUUAAUGUCGAUUCCGGAAGUUAUUUCAACUCCGGAAGAACUAUUAAAACUUUGGUAUCAUGAAAAUUGUCGCGUAUAUCAAGAUAGACUAAUAAAUGAUGAAGAUAGGAAUUGGUUUUUGAAUUUACUUAAAACUAAAAUGACUGAAAAUUUUGAAAAAAAUAUUGAAAAUCUUUUUUCUAAACAAAUUAUAUUUUGUGAUUUCAUUGAAAAUUCUGUUGGAGUUAAAUCAUAUCGAAGAGUGACUGAUUUUAAUAAACUCAUAACAAUAAUUUCGACUCAACUAUAUGAAUAUAAUUCUCAAAGUACGUCUAUACUUAAGCUAGUACUUUUUAUGGACGCAGUAUCACAUAUUUGUAGAAUUUCACGCAUAUUAAGACAACAACUUGGUAAUGCUCUUUUAUUAGGAAUGGGUGGUUCAGGUAGACAGAGUCUCACUAAACUCGCUGCAUACAUAACAAAACUUAAUCUUUUCCAAAUUCAAUUAACAAAAAAUUAUGGCAACAUAGAAUUUCGUGAUGAUGUUAAAAGUUUAAUGCUUAAGGCUGGAUUAUAUAAAAUUGAAAGUGUUUUUCUAUUUUGCGAUACUCAAAUUAAAUCAGAAUCAUUCUUAGAAGAUAUUAAUAAUAUGUUAAAUUCUGGAGAUAUUCCAAAUAUUUAUCAAAGUGAUGAAAUGGAUAAAAUAAUGCAGAAUAUGAAAGGACCAGCAACUGAGUUAGGGCUACUCCCUACUAAGUCAAAUUUAUUUAGCUUGUACAUAAAACAAGUCAAAAAUUCUUUACAUUGUGUUCUUACAAUGAGCCCUCUUGGUGAUAUAUUUCGGGCUCGAGUGCGUCAAUUUCCUGCCUUAGUCAAUAACUGCACUAUUGAUUGGUUUAGUGAUUGGCCGGAAAGUGCCCUGAAAAGUGUUGCAUAUCACUUUUUAUCAGAUGUUGAAGACUUAAAAUCAAGUCCAAAAUUGUUCAACAAUGUAGUGAAUAUAUUUCAAUAUAUGCAACAAAGUGUAAUAGAUGAAAGCAUAAUUUAUUUACAAGAAUUAAAUAGACACAUUUAUGUCACGCCUACUUCAUACUUAGAAUUACUAAGAUGCUACAUAGAAAUGAUUCAAGAAAAAAAAAAUGAAAUAACUGGAUCAAUGAAUAAACUUCAAACUGGUCUAAAUAAAUUGUUAUCUACUACAGAGGACAUUAAAGUAAUGCAAGCAGAAUUAAUUGAAAUUAAACCAGUUAUUGAGGGUGCCAAGGAUGAAGUAGACAAAAUGGUUAUUACUAUAGAAGCCGAUAGAGAAAUUGCUGGCGUGAAAAAAUUAGAAGUGGCUAAAGUAGAAGAAAUGGCUAUAAAAAUAGCGGAAGAAACACAUGAACUCGCAAGAGAUGCUCAAAGAGAUUUAGAUAAAGCUUUACCAUUGCUGUUAGAAGCUGAAGAAAGUCUCAAGUCUUUAAACAAAAAUGAUAUAUCAGAAAUUAAAGUAUUAAAGAAACCUCCAGCUGGUGUUGUUUUAGUUUUGGAGAGUAUUUGCAUUAUGAAAAAUGUCAAACCUAUUAAGAUAACUAGUGGUGCUCUAGGUAAAAAAAUAUUAGACUAUUGGGAACCAAGUCGAAAUAUGAUAUCAGAUCCUGCAAGCUUUUUAAAUUCUUUGAUAAAUUAUGACAAAGAAAAUAUAAGCGAAGCUCUUAUACACUCACUAGAACCUUAUAUCAAAAAUCCAAAUUUCAGUCCUGAAAAAAUUAUUACAGUUUCAAAAGCAUGUACAUCCUUGUGCUCUUGGGUUCAUGCUAUUUACAAAUACUAUUUUGUAAAUAAAGAAGUUAAGCCGAAAAAGAUUGCAUUAACUGAAGCCAAAAUACGACUGCAAGCUGCUGAUGAAGAACUUAACUCAGCUCAGCAACAAAUGAAAGAUGUAAUGGAUGGUCUUGAUCUAUUGCAAAAAAAAUUGACGGAUGCUAUGAACAAGAAAAAUAAACUAGAAGCCAAAGGUAAACUUUGUGAAGACCGAAUGGAUCGGGCUCUGAGAUUAAUCGAUGGUCUUACCAACGAACGAGAACGUUGGAUAGAACUUAUAGCUAACUAUAAAAUAUUUUUAGUAACAAUAAUUGGAGACAUACUUAUAAGUGCAGGUUCUAUUGCAUAUUUAACUCCAUUCACCGACAAAUAUAGAAAGUCUUUACGAGAACGCUGGAUGCUAAAGAUGGAUGAAUAUAAUAUUCCCCGUUCAGAAAAUAGUAAUAUUAUAUCAAUACUAGGAGAACCAGUUAUUAUAAAACAAUGGCAAAUGGCAGGUUUACCAAGAGAUGAUUUCAGCGUAGAAAAUGCCAUUUUAAUGUUUAAUUCUAAACGUUGGCCGUUGGUUAUAGAUCCACAAGGACAAGCCAAUAAAUGGAUUAAAAAUUUAGGUAAAACUUUGAUGAAUGGAAUCGCCAUAUGCAAACUAUCGGACAAAAAUUUACUACAGGAGCUACAAACUGCCGUAAGAAGUGGUAAAACAUGUUUGAUUGAAAAUAUUGGUACAGAAUUAGAUCCCGCGAUGGAUACACUAUUUUCAAGGUCGAUAUUUGUGCAAAAUGAUGUUAAUGUGAUUAAAAUAGGAGAAUCUAUAGUACCAUACCACAAAGAUUUUCGAUUAUUCAUAACUACUAAAUUACCAAAUCCACAUUAUUUACCUGAAAUUUCUAUAAAAGUUAUUAUUGUUAACUUUACUUUGUUAACUACUGGUCUAUUGGAUCAGUUAUUAGCAAUUGUUGUUAUGCAAGAAAGACCAGAUCUUGAAGAAAUGAGAUCAGCAAUCGUAGUAGGUACUGCACAGAUGAAAUCUGAGUUAAAAGAAACACAAGACAGGAUUUUGAAAAGAUUAACUGCAACCGAAGGGUCUCCUGUAGAUGAUAUUGGAUUAAUUAUGAUGUUAGAGUCAUCCAAAUUAAAAAGCCAAGAAAUAAUGCAAAAAGUCAAAGCUGCAGAAAAAACACAAAUAGAAAUAGAUGAAACACGUGCUCUUUAUAUACCAGUAGCAAACAGGGGCCAACUUCUAUACUUUUGCUUAGCAGAACUUCCUGUUGUAGAUCCAAUGUAUCAAUAUUCGUUAGAUUGGUUUAUAGGAAUUUUUAUAUCAAGUAUUCAAGAUACAGAUAAAGUGGAAAAUAUUGACACGCGUGUCAACAUUAUAAAUGAUCAUUUUACAUUCAAUUUGUUUCGAAAUGUUUGUCGUUCCCUAUUUGAACGUAAUAAAAUGCAAUUUGCCAUUCUUAUAUGUAUACGUAUCAUGAUUGGUGAUGGCACAAUCAAUUUUAACGAGUGGACGUUUUUCUUGUCUGGUGGCAGCCCUAUAAAUGUUGACAAACCAAAUCCAUAUUCUAGUUGGCUUAGCGAUAGAGCAUGGAAAGAAAUACAAUCUUUAGAAAGACUUCCAAAUUUUGUUGAAUUCGUGGAAAGUUUUUCAAAACAAUCAUCAUUUUAUAAAAUAAUAGUAGAUUCAGCAGAACCUCACAGAGAAACGUUACCAGAGCCUUGGAAAUAUGUAUUUGAUCAUUUCCAUUACUUAAUGAUACUAAAAUGUUUAAGACCUGAUAAAGUGCUUAACGGUCUACAAGACUUCUUAGUAAAUAAUCUAGGAGAAAAGUUUGUAGAACAUCAUUCAUCGGAUCUUGCUGAAAUGUAUAAAGAUUCAUCACCAACAAUGCCCCUCAUAUUCAUUUUAUCCGUUGGUACUGAUCCUGCUAAUGGCUUAUACAAACUGGCUGAUACUAUGAAAAUGACUAAACGGUUCUUUUCGAUAUCAUUAGGACAAGGUCAAGGACCUCUUGCAGAAAGUAUGUUUAAAGAUGCUAUAAUUAGUGGAUCUUGGGUAUUUUUUCAGAAUUGUCAUUUAUCACCAAGUUGGAUGCCACGGUUAGAAUAUUUAGUUGACACUAUUCCGGCGGAUAAAGUUCAUAAAGACUUUCGAGUUUGGCUGACUUCAAGUCCAUCACCUGCCUUUCCUGUAUCAAUUUUACAAAAUGGAUCAAAAAUGACUAUUGAACCACCACGAGGUGUUAAAGCAAAUCUUCUAAGAGCUUUUACGGGACCGGUAGUUGAAUAUGCAAAUUAUAUUUCUUCUGAUAACAAAAAAGUGAACAUUUUCAAAAGGCUUUUAUUCUCACUUUGUUUGUUUCACGGUGUUUGCUUAGAACGCCGUAAGUUUGGGUCUUUGGGCUUUAAUACAGCCUAUGAGUUCACAGAUGGUGACCUCCAAAUAUGUAUAAAUCAACUUUUUAUGUUUCUCAAUGAGUAUGAGACUGUUCCUUAUGAAGUACUCAAAUAUACAGCUGGCCAAAUAAAUUAUGGCGGCCGUGUAACUGAUGAUUGGGAUAGACGAUGCGUAAUGAAUGUACUUCAGGAUUUUUAUAGUCCAGUAGUCCUUAACGAACAUCAUACUUUUGACAAUAACUCACUCUAUUAUCAGUUAUCAGAUUCUGCGGAUUACGAUAAAUACUUAACUUACAUAAGAACAUUACCUAUUAAUGAUGAUCCAAGAUUAUUUGGAUUGCAUUCAAAUGCUGAUAUUACAUUUGCACAGUCGGAAACUUACAGAUCACUUAACAUUUUAUUGUCUUUGCAACCUCGCACCAUAUUAACUAGCUCUACAGAUGGGGACGACAUUUUAAAUAAUAAGGCAGAAUCAUUACUUCGAGAUAUCCCUAAACCUUGGUCUUCACUAGCAUGGAUACAAGAAAAAUAUCCUGUAACGUACGAGGAAUCUUUAAAUACGGUACUUAUUCAAGAACUGGUGAGGUUUAAUCGACUGUUAGCUAUAGUUGAUGAUACUCUACGAAGUCUUUUAAAAGGAGUCAAAGGACUAGUGGUAAUGACAGACGCUUUGGAGCAAAUGAUGAAAAGCUUAAUUUCAAACCAAAUUCCUGUUUUGUGGGCAAAAAAAGCUUAUCCGUCAUUAAAACCGUUAGGCGCAUGGGUAGUUGAUCUUCGAAUGCGUGUAGCAUUUUUAAAUAAAUGGAUAGAAAACGGCAUACCAUCCAGUUUUUGGAUAUCUGGAUUUUUUUUCCCUCAGGCAUUUCUUACGGGUUGCUUACAAAAUUUUGCUCGUAAAAAUAUUGUUUCAAUCGACACUAUUCAAUAUGGCUUCACAGUACUGGACAGCGUACCUGAGAAAAGACCACAACACGGAUGUGUCAUAUAUGGUUUAUUCUUAGAAGGAUGUCGAUGGAAUGAAAAUCUUCAUAUAUUAGAUGAAUCUAUAGCUAAAGAACUUUACACAGAAAUGCCUCCUAUUUGGUUAAUACCAGAACAAAAUCAUAAACUUCAAAACGGUUUUUAUGUAUGUCCUAUAUAUAAAACUUUAACAAGAGCGGGUAAUUUAUCGACAACUGGUCAUUCAACGAACUUUAUAAUAUCAAUUGAAGUACCGAGUAAACAGCCACAAAGUCAUUGGAUAAAACGUGGAGUGGCCCUAUUUUGUGCAUUAAAUUACUAAUUUUAGUUACAUUUAAAUUGUUUUUCUUCCUUUUUAUAUCUUUUUUAUUAAUUAAACUUUGUGAAUUUAAUAUAAACGUUCAAAUAUAAUAUUUUUUGCGUUAAUCUAAUGAUUGAUCUCUACUUUAUUCAGUCCAUUAGAUAAACAAUAUUAUGAAAUAAUCUAACGUACAAAAUUACACACAAUGACGUCAUCCAGUUACUAUUUUCACAGGAAACUUUUAGCUUCAAUGCGAAGCUGAGAAGGUAUUGGUUUUACUAUGAUGUUCUUUUUCUCAGCUCUCACCUAACCGAUUUCUUUCAACGAUACGUUAAAAGAUCAGAAUCGUAUCUAGUCGAAGACAUUGCCCUCAAAAAUUGAAAAAAAUUCCCU